AGAAGUUUCAGCGGAAAAGUCCGCGACGUGUUGUCGUUGUUAAGGCCGCGACAACUGCAACGAGAACGACCUCAACAAUUCAGCCGUUCAUCGGGGCGCGCGUCUACGGGCAUGCGUCUAUGGAGCAGAGCGACGGCUGUAAUCCUGUUUUAACCACCGUCACGCUGUGCUUGUUUUAUCACUGGAUGGUGAUCGGUGUCAUCAUGGGAUUCGUGUUCACCCUGGCUUUGGAGCCCGAAAAGAUAGAAAAGGAAGACUAUUUCGUUUUGAUUUUGGGGAACCUCCGCCGAACAGAACAUUUCAAUGGCUUCUUGUGGGGCAUAACAGUAAUAGGCCUGUCCAUUCAAGCAGUCAAUGUUGCUGCCAGCCUCAAGGUGUUCCGCGCUGUGUACCAUAAUGUGCCGAAAAGCAUGAGCAGCGGUGCUGUCCUCCUGGCCACAUCGAACGCCAUGGAAGCCAUCUUUGGGCUGGCGUUUGUGUUCGUACCACCCUUCUUACCCAAAUCGAUAACGAUUCCCAGGCUAAUAUGGCUCGCGAAGCUUCUGAUUUCUACACCCCUUGCAAUCAACGUACUGUACUACGCUAAUUCGAAGACGGAAGAAAUAAGGGUGAAGGAAAAGGAGAGACGACGUGCCGCGGAAACCGACUUUCCUCUGGUCUAUGUUCAUCCGGACGACGCACAGAAAGAGGCCAGGAUGCUGGUUGCGCAUCCGGUUCAGACGGCCAGAACGCCGGCUCUCGAGUCGACCCUGUUCGAAUCGGCCCACUCGGUGUUGGAAAACAGCGCGGCGUCGGAUGGACGCGACGAAAAGGCGGAUCGGCACGGGCAGGCAAACGCGGCACCUGAGUCGAAGGCCGUCGAGGAAACGAAGGAAAAGAAGCUGCGCGGCAAGACUACAUUUACCGUUGCCUAGUUAGGAAAAAGGGAUCGAUUUUUUUGGCACAGCACUGCCGAGAAUUGUGUACAAAGUACGAAACGAAUAUUAUAGCAUUUUCG